AUGGGUAGAAGAAGGAGAGAAACCGUCAAAGUAGAUUAUGUAACACAAGAAAAAAGAUAUCCCAGAGUACCGAAGACUACAGACACAGAAUGGCCAAAUUUGUGGCACUUGAAUGAUGACGUGUUACCUUCUAUGAGGGUAAAUGAAGCCUGGAAUGCUGGGUAUACCGGAAAGGGAAUAAAAAUUGCUAUCUUAGACGACGGCUUACAGACAGAUCAUACUGACUUACAUGCAAAUGUGGACACAGCCAACAGUUAUGACUAUCAAAGCACGGAUGGAGAUCCCACACCAGAUGUUGGUGACAGCCAUGGUACGAAAGUAGCAGGUUUUAUAGCUGCAGAAAAGGAUAACAGCGAAUGCACAGUAGGAGUAGCAUUUGAAUCAUCUAUAAUUGGUGUUCGAAUUCUUGGUACCUCGGGACUGACGGAUUCACAAGAAGCACAGGCACUCAUUCAUUAUCUUAGCGAUGUAGAUAUUUAUUCCAACAGCUGGGGUCCUUCAGAUGGAUAUGGAUUUUCUGGACCUGGUUCAAUAACUGCAGACGCCUUCCUAUCCGGAGUUACUACUGGCAGGGGUGGUAAAGGCGUUAUUUAUACAUGGGCAGCAGGUAAUGGCCAAACAACUGAUAACUGUAAUGGAGACGGAUAUGUAAAUAGCAUCUACACUAUUGGUGUGACAAGUGUAGAAGAAGGACAGAAUGCGUGGUACUCUGAAGUAUGUGCCGCUGCAUUAGUAGCGACUUACGGUGGAAGUAGUAACAAUAGAUAUUUAACUUCAACAACGACUUCCUCCGGAUGUACAAGUGAUGGAAUACAGGGAACCUCGUUUUUCAACUCCUAUCGCAUCAGGUAUCAUUGCGUUAGCCCUCCAAGCAAAACUUCAACAACGACUUCCUCCGGAUGUACAAGUGAUGGAAUACAGGGAACCUCGUUUUCAACUCCUAUCGCAUCAGGUAUCAUUGCGUUAGCCCUCCAAGCAAAUUCUGCUCUCACGUGGAGAGAUAUUCAGCACAUAAUUGUUCUGACGUCAUCUAGAAAUGGUUUUACAGAUUCCUAUUCUAGCUGGCAGACAAAUGGAAAGGGAAAAGAAUAUAGUCAAGUUCUUGGAUUUGGUUUUAUGGACGCUGAAGCUAUGGUAACUCAGGCUGCAAGUUGGACUAAUGUUCCGUCUCAAACAACAUGCACGACAUCACCUUUCACUGGAUCUGGAUCAACAUCAAAUUCAGACUACAGAACAGACAGGAGAUUAAUAUCGGCUCCUGAUUGCUCUUAUUUGGAACAUGUGACUAUUAACAUUUCAUUCUCGUACACUCGAUACCGAGGUGUGACUGAGUUUAUUCUAGUGUCACCCGCAGGAACGGAAAGUCAUUUAAUGCAUUAUAGAAAUGAGGAUGCUAGUUAUUACAGCUCAGCUGGAUCAUUAUCAUGGACAUUUAUGUCCGUUCAUUUUUGGAGAGACACUGCAGAUGGACAAUGGACUUUGAAGUUUAAAUCAUAUAGGGGCUUAUCGGUCGUAACUGUCAGUUCUUGGUCAAUCACAUUUUACGGAACGUCCGCUGAUCCUCUUCCACAUAUAGAUGUAUGUAUAUCAUCACCCUGUCAUAACAAUGGGACGUGUGAAAAUAACGUCUGUUCGUAUAAUUGUCAGUGUAUUGAUGGUUUUUCUGGAACAAAUUGUCAGACCAAUUCAACUGAUAGUGGUGGUAUAAGAUUGUCUUCGUCAUUUAAACACUGGUGGAUAUUUGUGUCAUUGGCGAUCACACCAGAUCUCCUUAUUUGUCUUACAACAGUAGCUGCUGAAGCAUGUGGUACUGUCGCUGUAAUUUUGACUGGCAUUGUUGAAGCUGUAGUUGCAAAGUACUCUUCGACUGAAGCAACAGUGGGCGCUUCAAGACGUGCAGUUGCAUAA